AUGAGUUCCCAGGUGACAGAAACGCACUCCGACCUCUUGGUCCACGAUGGCAAACCGCACGGCAAUUGGCGCGACGACUUUUUCAAGAACGGCUAUGCAAUCAUCAAAGGAGUCAUCAGUAAGGAUAGAGCAGAGUAUUACCGACAGCAACAAUUCAAGUGGUUGAAAUCCUUUGGCCUGGGCUUCGACGAGAAUGAUGAGGCUACUUGGGACAAUGAUCAUCUGCCUGUCGCGUUCAAAGGUGGCAUGUACUUGGCAUAUUCUGCUGCUCAUGAGAAGUUCAUGUGGGAGGGUAGACUAGAGCCAGCCGUUCAGAAGGUUUUUGCCGAUAUCUGGGGAACUGACGAGUUGCUGGUAUCAUUCGACGGUUUCAACAUGACUCCACCUCGCCUUCGUGGCACGGACUGGAAGCCCUGGCCGCACUGCGACCAGCAUCCCCUUCGACGUGGCUUGCAAUGUGUGCAAGGCUUGAUGAACUUUGCUCCUAAUGGACCCAAAGACGGCGGCCUCUUGCUGAUGGAAGGAUCGAGUCAGCUAUAUGACACAUUUUUCAAGGAGAACCGCCAGCAGGAAGGAGACGCAGAUCGCCCAAAGGAUUUAUUCAUUUUCACCCAGGAAGAUGUCAAGUGGUUUGAAGCGCGCGGCUGUAAACUGAUCAAAGUUUGCUUGGAGCCAGGCGAUUUCGUUGUCUGGGAUAGUCGCACUAUGCAUUACGCAUGCUUCCCUGAUGCAGAGAGCCAAACCAUCCGGUCCAUUCAGUAUAUUUGCAUGACCCCGGCCAAAUUCGCCACGAAAGAAGAUUUGGAGUUGAAAGCCGAGUUGUUCAAGGGAUGGAAUAGCACCACUCAUUGGCCUCAUUGCAAUAUUCAUCGACAGGGAGCCCCGAUGAGGAAUGGGGAAGUUGACCCGCUGGAUAGAAAGGAGCCGCUAGAGAAGCCAGUUCUCUCGGACCGGCUUCUACAGCUUGCCGGAGUGAAGGCUUAUUAG